CAUUGUGGGACAGCUUGGGUCAAAAUGCCGUCUACGUCGAGCGAAAUGUCUGAGGUAUUUAUAAAUUUUUGUCUUAAAACUGCACCAAUUUUGAACAAAAAUUAAAUAUAUACUUAGACAGUGUUUCCAUACAUUAUUUUUUGCUUAGAUUACCGUGAUGGAAGGCCACAGAAUGCCUGUAAGAAUGAAUAGUACGGACGAGUGGCGUAAGUAGUUGGCGGCCAUGUUUGUUGAUAUUUUGGCUUGUAUUAAUUUCAUCGUUGGUUAUGUUUUAUUGGGGGGAAAUGUACCAUAAAGUUAAAGUAUAUCUUUUGUUUUCUUUAGCACUGGCCGAAAUUAUCAGCAUUCGUGAGAUAGACGGCAGAAAAGAAUAUUAUGUUCACUUUAUUGAUUGUAAGUGAUCAAAAUAGCAUUUCUCAACACUUACGUUGGGUUAUUUUUCAAAAUAAUUAACAUAAAUUUUGCUAGGGUUUUUUCACGGCUUUUUAUAAGGGACGACCAUUGAAAUGAAUAUAACUGGAAUGCUACCUUUAGAUAAACUGCCUAUCUUUUUCUUGAAGCCAAAUUUUUUACCCCCAGACAGGGGGUGCAUGUUUGUAUCAUGAUUGACUGAUUGAGCGCUCUUCACAUGCGUGAAAAGACUGGGACUGGCCUUUCAAGUUUGGCUUUAGCGUUCCAGUUCUAUUCAUUUCAAUGGGGAUAACGCAUUGAUUUUACAAUUGGGGAGGGGAGAGGACGAUAGAGUUCAGAUGAAGUUAGUUUGUGGGAUCUGGGUGCAUUCCCCAUAGUCCUGGAAACCACCAACAUAAACCUCUGGCAGGAAUGGAACCUGAGGCCCUGUGAUUUCGGUGUAGUGCUCUAACCAACUGAGCUAUAGAGGCCAGUUGUCAAGCUAUAAUUGGAAGUUCAUGUAUAUAUAUAUAUAUAUAUAUUUUUGGGUGUGCGGGUUGUGGUGAACUUGACAGAUAUUAAUUGUGUCCUGACCAUUAGUUAACAAAAGACUUGACACAUGGGUGAGUGAAAAAUCUCUGGACAAGGAGAAAUUACAAAUUCCCAAGAAAGACGAGAAUAAAGCAAAGAGUAAAUUCAACAAAGGCUUGGCAGGUUCAAAGCCUGCAUCACCUGAACGAGAAGGGACUGGGACAAAGAAAGCUCUGGUGAAUCGAAAGAGGAAGGCUAAUGCAAUGUCUUCAGGUCCUGAAGAUCAGGUAGGUUGUACAUCUUGGUGAUUCUUAAAUAUCUGUGGGAUGAGUUUUAAGCCCUCUGAAUGUUAUGACGUCUUACAUCAUGUUUGAACCAUGGCUUUCCUUAAUACAAGUAUUCAGGCCAUAUGCAGGAGUUUUUCACCAGGGGGACAACAAAACAUUUAUGCUGAAAUAAGUACCCAGAUGCAGGGUUUCUAAUAGGGCAUAAAAAAAUACCUGUGGUUCUGCCAACCCUAUUAUUUUUUCAACACGAUUGACCAUGCGACCCUGUUUUCUCCGAGUGGUUGCAUGCUGCUGCUGAAAUGGCAUCUGUUGUCACACUAAUUAUUGAAAAAACCCAUGAAACCGACCCUAAUUUUUUCGCGAUAUGAAACCGGAAACACAGAUAUUUUUAGUGCCAGAAACCCUGUGUGUCCACGGUACUACACACCAGAGGUGAAUAUUAGUAAUAUUAGAAAUUAGUAAUAUUCCAAAGUGUCGUUGUGAAAUGUUGUAAAAUGCGGAUAACAUAGCCUUACAAAGUUUGCCGUUUUUCAGUCAUUUUGUAUUACAAAUGGGAAAUUGACAGUCCCAAGGGGUAUUGGGCUGUCAAUUUCCCCCAAGUGAUGCAAAAUGACUGAAAAACAGCAAACUUUGCAAGGCUAUAUUAUCCGCAUUUUACAACAUUUCGCAACGAAACUUUGGAAUAUUACUAAUUUUGUGAUGCUCGUUCAAGCUGUGAUGAAAUUUUUGUCUCUAGUAGACAUGUUUAGAUCACAAUUUAGUCUAUAAUGCAAAUGGUCCAUUAAUCAGUCCUACUUAUGUUUCAUAUUAAGGUGGAUGGUGAUGAUAGUCCAAACAGUGUAAAUGACAAAAUGAGCAGUUUAAGAUCUGGAGGCAGCAUGGUUCACGAUCGCAGUCAUGAUGAUGUUGUCACACGCAUGAAGAACAUUAAAAUGGUUCAACUGGGGAAACAUCUUAUUCAACCAUGGUACUUCUCACCAUACCCUGAAGAGCUUACCAAAAUACCGAUUGUUUAUCUUUGCGAGUUCUGUCUCAAGUUCACCAAGAGUCUUCAUUGCUUGAAAAGACACAGGGUAAAUAUUUGCCAUACGGUACUUUGUUUCAUAGCAGGAAAUAACGGUCGAUCCGGGCAUCUGGGAUCCUAGAAAAUUUUCAGACCUGGCUUAGCUGGUAGAAAAUUUUAGAGCAUUGCAUAGUGCUAAUACGCACAGAAAAUAAUUUAUCAGGAUGAAUAUUAGUGAGCUUGGCAGAAAACCUGCUAUACUAUGUUUGAAAAUACCAUAGUUCAAAUUCAGUAUUACUAGACAGUAUUGAUCUUCUCCUAACAUUGUAAAGGUCACCUUGAAGGCCCAUCUACACAAUGUGAUUUUUGGUUACUAUUGUUGUAUGCAACUUGCUGACGCCAUCCCUGCAACACGUGCCGUGUAGACGCCCCACAACUUGAUUACAACAGUCGUAUGGCAUGCAACACAAAAAAGUCAUAAAAAUUUUAAAACUUGUUUCGACUUUCAUACAUUUUUGAUAAAAAAAUAGUUCAAAAUGGCGGAUUCAACAGUGAGAUGCGAGAAAGCGAAAUUGGUACGCCUUCUGUUCAAAGUGUGAACAAGUCAAAGUAAAAAAAAAGAAGAAAGAGGGUUACGUUUUUGAGAAUGAAAAGGUUGAGUUUUUGAUAUAUGCAUGGAGUAUUGGAAAAGUUGCAUACAAUAAUCGUUCCAUCUAGAUAGACACCACAAAGUCGCAGGGAUGGCGUCAGCAAGUUCCAUACAACAAUCGUAAGCAAAAAUCGCAUCAUAGAUGGGCCUUCAGUAAUCUUAAAAUUACCAUGUGAAGUGUACCAAUAGUGAAAAGACACAGGGAGAAUUUUCUCUCCUAUUUCAUAAUUCUUAUUGUGUGGUUCAAAUUCAGUAUUAAAAGUGUUAACCUUAUCAAUCAUGGUACUUUUCACCCUACCUUGAAGAGCUUACCAAAGUACCUGUAGUAUUGAUUUUAUCCAUCCAUCAGGGUUCGUAGCAGUCUUUGAAAUCCUUGAAAGUCUUUAAAUUGGAAUGCUGGUCUUUGAGGUCUUUGAAAAGUUUUUAAAUUGUGUCAAAAAGCGAAUAAAGUCUUUAAAAGUCUUUAAAUUAUUUAGUGAGGAAUUGAUUAUACGAUUUUCUUGCUAAUAAAAUAGAUUGAUUGAAUCAAGAUUUUCGCAAAUAUCGACGGAAAUGCGCAUUUUAGGAUGUGAUUUGACGGGACUAAUUGCACGGGUAAAAAUGGUGCUUACACUCGCAAUUUUUUGACAGCUGAUCUCUCAAAGGUAUUUGAAAAGUCUUUGAAAAUAGGCAGAAAAAAUCUUUGAAAGUCUUUGAAUUUGUUUGGUCUUGGAGACUACAAACCCUGUCCAUGCUGAUCAUUAGUGGUAUCUUGCAUGCACUUGGUUGUAAUCCAUUCAAAAGUUUUUUAUAGAAAAAGUGUAAUACAAGGGUACAGAGAAUUGUCUUUGGUAUAGCAAUACUGUUAAAAUGUUGUUCUCACCUUAGACGAAAUGCACUCUACGACAUCCUCCGGGGAAUGAGAUUUAUAGAAAACAAUCUAUUUCCUUCUUUGAAAUUGAUGGCAGGAAAAAUAAGGUAUGUUGUUUAAAGUGCAAUACAAUG